AUUUUUUUCAAGGAGGGCUACCGACAGGACUAAUGUUGGGUUGAGGCCAGCGGGCUUACGGGGCCAGUUAUGGCUCAUGGAAAAAAGCCAGGAACCAUUAUCAAAAUAUUGGCGCCCAGCCCUCCAGGACUCAGUCAACAGAGCCAAGAAGAGCAGCAAGAUUUGGUGAGGGAGGCAUCUGAGAAACCCCUGUGUACCCUGAAGGAUGAUAACAACGUCCAGCUGAUUCCUUCUGUCCCUACAAGCCACGAUUACAUGAGUUGUGACCCUAGUCCCGAGGACAUGGAGGACACCUGCUCUGAGUACGACAAUGUGGGCUCCGAUGUGGAGCAGGACUAUGACGAGGUGCUGCAUUUAAGCAAGGAGGGCGUUGUGGACACGAGGUAUUACAAACAGUACUCUCCCGAGGAUGGUGGCUAUAUAAAGCACGCAGUAGGGGAUGUUAAUGAGAACAGCAGUGCUGCUGACCAGUUCGCUCGCAGGCCUCGUCACGACAAAGAAAUAUGUGAGGGACCACAAUCAGACCCUAAGCCUCACAAAAUGGGCCAUCGCUUUAGGUCCCAUUGUGCUCCGAUUGCAGGGGAUAAAGCUGAGAGAGAGGUGGGCAAAGGCCAGGAGAACAGAUUCUUCUUCAGCGAUGGAGAUGAGAUAGAAGAGGUGCUGGAUGGGGCCACAUUUAUAGAGGAUUUAGAGGAGACAGAGAACAGUGUUCAAAGGAAGACUAGCCUCUAUCAGGACAACAGCAAUGAAAGAAUCAGAAAGGGAGAUGCUGAAAAGGAAAGAGACGAUGACACUCAAGUCACAAGAAACCAUUAUAUCCCAGGAGCCAGAAAGAAGUGUGAGUCCUCUCACAUGGGUGCAAAAGAGAAGCAGAGGCAGGGGAAAGGACGAGGGAGGAAGGUAACAGGAGAUGACAUGGAGCCUAAUGUUUCUGGGAUCAGAGGAUGCUCGACAAACAGCAAUGAACAGCGUCCAAAGACCUUGUCAAAGGAUUGCAAAAAAGCUGUUGUGCGGACCCGAGCUAGGUCUGGUUCCAGUAAGCCACACCCUCCUCCACCACCUCGUCACUCCCAUGCUCAGCCGCCUGCUGACACCUGGAAAGCCCCGCCUCGUAAAGAGACUUCCCCUGUUCCCAGAGCCAGUCCCUCCUCUGCUGACAGGGGGGAGAGUGAACCCAGGGUUAUCAGACCAUCCCGGGCUCCUAUUCACACACCGGAACAAGAGAGGGAGCCCCCGGAGGAGCGGCAGAGAUGGCCAGAGAAACCCCAGCAGGGUGAGCAGCCCAGCACAGCUGUAUUACCUGAGGUCAUGCCGGAGCAGCCGAGGAGGCCUCCGUGUCCAGAGCGUGUCCCUCAGGAGGACAGCAACACACCCAAGAACACACAGGAAGCGGCUUCUUUCCCGAGCUUUGAGGAUGUCCCAGGUCCCUGUGAGCCCGAGGACCUUAUUGAUGGGAUCAUCUUUGCUGCUAACUACCUGGGCUGCACUCAGGUGUUGUCUGAUAAGAACCCAUCCAAAUCUGUCCGCAUGUCCCAGGCCCACGAAGCUGUCAGUCGUAUCAAGAGCCAAGAUGAAGACUCUCAAAUGAUGACAGAGGUGGAUCUGUUCAUCUCCACUAAAGCUGUCAAAGUGCUGAAUGCUGACACACAGGAGACAAUGAUGGACAGUGCCUUGAGGACCAUUUCCUAUAUAGCCGACAUUGGCAAUAUUGUUGUUCUGAUGGCACGGAGGCGGAUGUCUCAGACCUCGUCGGAGGACUUCUCAGAAUCUCCCGACUCUGCCAGCGAAGGGAAGAAUCAGUAUAGGAUGAUCUGCUAUGUUUUUGAGUCGGAGGAUGCGCAGCUCAUUGCACAGUCCAUCGGUCAGGCUUUUAGCGUGGCCUACAGAGAGUUCCUGCGAGCCAAUGGCAUCAACCCGACCGACUUGAGCCAGAAACAAUACAGUGACAUCAUCAACUCCCAGGAAAUGUACCACGAUGACCUCGUCCAUUUCUCAAACUCAGACAACUGUAAAGAGCUGGAUGUGGAGAAGCAGAAAGGGGAGAACCUCGGCGUGGUGAUCGUGGAGUCUGGUUGGGGCUCCAUUCUGCCCACCGUCAUCCUGGCCAGCAUGCUGAACAGCGGCCCUGCAGCUCGCUCUGGAAGACUCAGUGUUGGGGACCAGAUAAUGUCCAUCAAUGAAACCAGCCUGGUGGGGCUGCCACUCGCCACCUGUCAGGGCAUCAUCAAGGGUCUGAAGAAUCAGGUGAUGGUGAAGCUGAGUAUUGUGAGCUGCCCUCCUGUCACCACUGUCCUCAUCAAGAGACCCGAUCUCAAGUUCCAGCUUGGUUUCAGUGUGCAGAAUGGCAUUAUCUGCAGUCUCAUGCGAGGCGGCAUAGCCGAGCGAGGCGGUGUUCGUGUUGGACACAGAAUCAUUGAAAUAAACGGUCAGAGUGUUGUGGCCAUGGCACAUGAGAAGAUUGUUCAGACCCUGUCUGUCUCAGUGGGUGAGAUCAACAUGAAGACGAUGCCUGCUGUGAUGUUCAGACUACUGACCGGACAGGAGACGCCCGUCUACAUAUAGAGACCCUGCUUGGAUCGGCCCACUGGAGUUCUGCAUGUCUGGCUGUGUGGAGCCGAAGGACACACGAUGGACAGGUGGCUCAGUGGGAUGAGGGGAAUUUAUUUUUGUAUAAUUUUAUUUUCUCGGCCUCUUGUUGGAAUGCUGUAAAGAAUAUCCAGUUCUCAUUUUCAGGUUUUAUCUUGAAUUACAUUGUUAUGAUGGCCUUACAAUGUGAAUACUCUGUCUGUGGUACUGUGCGUGAGUUUCUGGUGUUGAAGAGAAGUAGCUUUAAGGUCAUGAUUAUUUUCUUAUGAAGAGAUAAAUUAGUACAUUUAUUUUUUAUUUAGUCAUUUUUCUAAUGUGAAUGGAGUUUAUCAAAUGUACUUCUACUGUAAAUACUUUGCAUUACUCAAGGACUUGGUUGGAAAGGCCAUAUUCCUCCUACAGUAUAUGCAUGUUAUUAUGAAGAAUUACUGACCAGGUAUUCAUUCUCAAUCCAAUAUGAUAAUCUAUUACAGUAAGUAUUAAAAGAUGAUAAUAAAAUGCUGUACAAAGGCACUAAACUAUGUGUAUUAUGGUGAUGCUGAAGGCCAAAGACACACUUAACUUUCACAGGCAGUAUGAGUGAUCAUUACCGUUACCAGAGCGUACAGUACAAGAAUGUAUCACAAUAUACAUUACUGAAUGAAUGUAAUGGUAUAACACACGAAGAAUACAAUCUUAUAGAUUAAUGCUUGUUGUGGUUUUUAUUGUAUUAUGGUGGUACUGCAAAAAAAAAAGUACUUACAGACAAGACGUAAAGUACAUUUUCCUCUAUUAGACAUGAAUCAAUUGUUCUAAUCCAAGCAGUUUGAUUUUCAUUCUUUUCUCUUGUUUUUCACAUUUGUUUGAAUCUGAGAAACUGUUACGGACGGAUGCUUCAACCAAUGACGCUGCUCAGGACCUAUGUACAAAUUACACCAUGUGCUGUUGCCACGGCAACAUGCACGCCUCAAAAAUACACGCUAUCCAAAAUGUAAUCAAUAUUAAAAUAAAAAUUAUUUUUCACCUCU